GUUUCAUCAUUUUUCUACUUGGUUUGUUCAUAUUUGCGAAUCCACAAGCAAUGUUACGAUGAGUCUCAAUGAACAAGAGCCGUUGUUGAGCAAAAUUAGCACUGGAGAGCCUGAGAGCCACGUAAUCGAUGAUGGCCUCUCAGACCCCGUACCAUCAAGAAACAUCGACGACGACGUUCUCCCAGAAACUGCCACCUAUGGUCGCAAUCUUGGAUGGAGCGGCGCAUAUAUCGUCGUCAUCUCUCGAGUAAUCGGCAGCGGCAUUUUCGCGACUCCCGGCUCCAUCACAAAAUCAGUCGGGAGCAUCGGAAUCUCACUCCUGUUGUGGGUUGCCGGCGCAGUCCUGGCCGCCUGUGGCCUUUCUAUAUCCCUUGAAUACGGAUGCAUGCUUCCAAGGUCUGGCGGCGAGAAGGUGUACCUAGAGUUCACCUACCGGCAUCCUCGAUUCCUUGCAUCUACUUUGGUAGCUGUUCAGGCUGUUUUACUUGGCUUCACAGCGAGUAAUUGCAUUGUUUUUGGGCGAUAUACCGUCUAUGCCUUCUAUGGGCACGAUGCAACUGACUUCGCUCAAAAGUUGGUGGCAGCCAGCUUAAUGACGGUGAUUACUGUCAUCCAUGGCAGUCACGUCAAGACCGGAAUCGCGAUCCAGAAUGCGUUCGGAUGGGUUAAGGUAGUUUUGGUUGUCUCCAUGGGAUUUGCGGGACUUUAUGUGAUACUUUUCCGACCCACGGCUACAGACCUACCGGCAUCAGAGAGACAAGCCUUUAGUUGGGAUGACCUAUGGGAAGGUUCUAAUUGGAGUUGGGGCAUCAUUUCCACAGCCGUCUUCAAGGUUUCGUAUUCAUACGCCGGACUCCACAAUAUCAACAACGUCUUAAAUGAAGUUAAAGAUCCAGUCAGGACGCUGAAGUCCGUGGGGCCAAUUGCGCUCCUCACCGCGUGCAUAUUCUACUUGCUUGUGAACAUUGCAUACUUCGCCGUCAUCCCCCUUCAAGAAAUCAAAGACAGUGGCGAGCUUGUCGCGGCCCUUUUUUUUGAUCGUUUGUUUGGCAACAGCAUUGGCAAAACGGUACUGCCCCUCGCAAUUGCCGUGUCCGCUGCUGGAAAUGUCAUGGUAGUAACAUUCGCUUCCGCAAGAGUAAACCAAGAGAUAGCCCGCCAGGGGUUUCUCCCUUACGCUAGUCUGUUUUCUUCCUCUCGCCCUUUUAAUACCCCUCUCGGGGGUCUCAUCGUGCAUUACAUCCCUUCCAUUCUUGUCAUAACUCUUCCUCCCUUGGGAGAUGUUUACGCCUUUAUCCUUGACGUUGAGGGUUAUCCCGGGCAAUUUUUUGCUUUAGCAACUACUGUUGGCCUUCUCAAACUCCGCAAGAGCCACCCGGAUAUAUUGCGUCCGUUCAGAGCAUGGCUGCCGGUGGUAUGGCUGAGGAUUGGGGUUUGCCUUGCCCUUAUUGCAGCGCCGUUUGUGCCGCCAAAAGGAGGUAAAGGAGAUGUAAGCUUUUUCUAUGCGACGUAUGCUAUUGUAGGGAUUAUGAUAAUAUUAUUUGCGGUAGGGUAUUGGUAUGUGUAUUUUGUCGCUUUGCCGUGGUGGAAUGGGCAUAGGAUUGAAGAGGAAACUGAUGUAUUGGAGGAUGGAACAAGCAUUACAAAGCUUGUAAAGGUGAAGAAUAUAGAGGUGAGUUAAUGGGAUUUUGGAGCAGCGUCGGAACUGUGGGAAUAAAUGAACCUUAUGAGAGCUACG